AUGCCGGCUCAACCUCAAACUAUCUUUUUCAUCAUUCUUGGUCCCUUCCUCCUCUAUCUCUUGGUAUCGCAUCUGAUCUCAAGCACGCCUCCAGCAGCAGCACCUCAUGCACCUUCGGGAACUGGUAGAAACAGGGGAGAAGCUGUUUUCAGGCAGAGAUUAGUUGCUGUAGGUGACUUGCAUGGCGAUAUAGCAAACGCCAAAAAAGUACUCCGAAUGACGAAUAUUAUUGAUGAUCAAUCGAAUUGGUCAGGAGGAACGGAUAUACUAGUUCAAACUGGAGAUAUAGUAGAUAGAGGUGCUCAUGCACUGGACAUAUAUAAACUCAUGCGGGAGCUCAGAGGUCAAUCUCAAAGUAAAGGCGGCAAGGUAGUUAGCAUAUUGGGUAAUCAUGAGGUUAUGAAUGCUAUUGGAGAUUGGAGAUACGUCACUCAGGAUGAUAUCAAAGUUUUCGGAGGGGUCAAACGUCGUCAAGAAGCUUUAGAUAAAGAUGGCUGGCUAGGCUCAGAGUGGUUAGCCAAUUACUCCGUAGCGGCUCUGGUCCCACUUUCACCUCAUCCUUCUUCACCUGCAUUAUCAUUCACACACGGCUCGUUAAGACCUUCGUAUCCCAACCUCCUUCCAUAUCCGUCAAAAAUCAACGAAUUGGGUCAGUCACUAUUGACAAAAGCAUUGACACCACCACUCGCUCCCCCGUAUCCCCCAAACCCAUAUAGCGGUCUACCAAAAGGCCACACAAGGGAAGAAGCAGAGUUGUAUGCUGAAGGAGGUCCUUUAUGGUGGAGAGGUCUGGCAGAAAGAGACGAGAAUCAAGUUUGUCAAUGGGCUGAAGAACUGAAAUCAAAGAUUGGUGCAAGGAGAAUCAUAGGAGGUCACACACCGAAUUUCGAACAUAUCGUCUCACGUUGUAAUGCAAGUAUAAUCAUAAUAGAUACAGGUAUAUCAUCUGCCUAUGGAGGUGUAUUAUCUGCUCUUGAAAUCAUAUAUACUCUUACUCCUAUAAACGAAAAAGCCAAUGAUGGACAUAGACAAGAUCCAUUGAUGAUACUCGCUAAAUCUGACGUUCCAAAAUCCGAGGUGGCCAACAAUUUGAUUAAAGGCUCAGAAAGUGGUGGAUCGGGGCAAACGGUACAGCAGACACUGAAAGGACGGUACAUAGAAAGAGAAGAAGUGCACGCUAUCUACGAGAAAAGAAGAAAGUGGAUUGCGCUGGAAGAAAGAGAAGUAGUUUUGUAA